UACCAGAUUGCACAGUUAGUUGGCUUCGGGAAGCCGUAUCGUACGUACGCACUACGAUAAGUUUGCAUUUAAGUUCAUUUUCAUGAAAUCACAAGGUUUCAAGAUACGCAGAUUUCUGUCUCACCGAGUAAGAUUAUACGGUGGACCAUAAAUGUAGGUUCUUUAAGUCAAAUUAGCUAUUUGAAUUUUAUAGGCGAAGUACCAAAUAACAAGGAUUCGUCAAACAUCGGAGUCUGAGACUGAUAAUCUGGUAAAGCUCAACACACAUUCCGAAUUCAUGAACUUAGUAGGAGACUGCAGAUGCUGAUCCAGCUAAGUCAGUGUACUUAACUGUGAAGUGAUGUAACGUGUCGUAUGUACUUAUGUGCAACCAUCACACAACGAUAAGUUAUUUUAUUGCAAUAAAAUAGUAGGUAGUGCGAGAGAUCAACUCAAAAGUGUAUAGUGUAAGUGACCAUCAAGAAGCGGUGUGCUUGAGACUGCAAUAGAUAACAUUCAAAAACUGAAUCAACCUGAAAGAAGCAGAGGUGAAGGUAGCUGAUUGUUUCAAUCGUCGUGAGCUUGUUGAACGUUGUUCGGCCUACUAUAUUGUCGCCGGGAUCGCUUUAUAGACUAUCCGGUUUCCAUCGAGCAACAGCUGACGACGAACGCACUCAGUGUUGUAACCUCCUAACGUUCGGACGCAUGGGACCACGAUGACCUGCCCGCUGCUCAGUUUCGUCGUCUUCCUGGCUGUGGUGCUUCUGCAUCUGGUGGCCUAUUGUAAAGCGGCUCUCGUCGAUUCAUCCGGAAUUGUUGUCGGCGGUGCGGGCCGGUUUAAGGAUGAUGACCCUCUGUGGACAGCCCGGUACGAUCCGGCCACGCUGCUGAUCCACAUGAACACCGUUGGAAACAUCAGCCUUCGCUUGGAAGGCUUCACGACCGCGGAUCUGCAGGAUCAGCCGAACAUUCAGCUGAAGAGCGAACGGAGUCACGUGGCCACCGUGCUGGAAGGUGCCAUUCCGAUAGCGGAGAUUCGGAACAACGGGAUCUUCGAGGGCGAAUUCAACGUGACGGGGUCGUUUUUGGGGUCUGCGAACUUGUACGUAGAACUCCGGACAAAGGAUAACCGAACCGUAGCUUCGAAGGAGAAACUCCCGGUGACGGUCAUUCGGGAGGAACGGGUCAUUGAUAAGGUGUUCACGAUAUCUGUUGCGGUGCUGGUUUCGAUCUUGUACAUCAACUUUGGCGCGGCCUUGGACAUUCCAACGCUGAAGGUCAUUGCCCGGAAGCCGAUAGGGCCGGUUAUUGGAUUCCUAGCGCAGUUUCUGUUCAUGCCCCUGCUGAGCUAUGGACUGGGGCAUGUCCUGUUUCCGGAUAGCUACGAAAUGCAGCUAGGUUUAUUUUUCACCGGAGUUUCUCCCGCUGGCGGGGCGUCGAAUAUCUGGACCGUAGUGCUGGGCGGAAAUUUGAAUCUCUCGUUGGCCAUGACCACGAUCAGCACCUUUGCCGCGUUUGGUAUGAUGCCCCUGUGGAUCUUCACCCUGGGUAAAACCAUCUUCAACAAGGGGAACCUGGGAGUUCCCUAUCGCAACAUUGCCUCGUUUGCCAUAGGGUUGGUGGUGCCUCUUGGAAUAGGACUGCUCAUCCAGCGUUACAGCCCAAGAACUUCCCGAAUCCUCGUGCGAAUCCUGAAACCCAUGGCCGCCAUCCUGAUCCUGUUCAUUGUUAUCUUCGCCAUCGUCACCAACCUCUACCUGUUCGAGUUGUUCUCGUGGCAGAUUAUAGUGGCCGGAUUGGGACUGCCGUGGAUCGGCUACGUUUUCGGAUACAUUGCGAGUAAGGUAGCUCGGCUGCCCACCACCGACGCUUUGGCCAUUUCGGUGGAAACCGGAAUCCAGAACACCGGCAUUGCCAUCUUUUUGCUACGGUUCGCACUGCCACAGCCGGAGGCCGAUCUGACGACGGUUGUUCCGGUGUCGGCCGCCAUUAUGACGCCGUUCCCGCUCAUGGCGCUGUAUCUGGUGAUGAAGUUACGCGAACGUCAAUCUUCCUACCAUUCCCCUUCACGUUCCUUUCCAGAUAUUCGGUACGCAAGGAUGAACUGAUCCCCAAGGGCCAGAGCCGCCAUGCGUUGGCACCCACUGCCGAGGAUGAAACUCCCUAAUCGAUGCCGAUACGAAUAUAUUUUCUUGCAAUGCAUGAUAUUGUAAUAAACGUUUAAAAGAAGUUUCUGCAUUGGGUACAAAUAGAAAUAGCAUCGAGGAGAUCGAUUUUGUACUGAUUUUUAGAAGAAACAAUAUAUUGUUUUGUGAUAUAAAUUUAA